CCAGUCCAGUAGCACCGUGCCGUGCCUUUUUCCCGUAUCUCGCGACCGUUUAAUGGAAUGGAAAAGCGCAUACUAUAUUUACUGGCGUUGCCAUGGCAGAUCGAUUUGCUUCGACUCGAUGCGCGAUACCGAAUGGGUUCGAUUAAUAAACCACCAAGCACUACCACCGCCCGUGUGUGCGGGCACCUUAGCGCUUCGAGCGGUUGCCCAGGCGACGGAAAAACAGGCUGGACAAACCGCGGAAGGUGCGCGGUUUAGUUUGUUUACUCGCUGUGCGGUGGUGGUUGCUGGCAGAGGCUUUCAAUUUUCCAAUUCCAGGUGAGGUGGAAAUCGUCCGCCGUUGUCUCAUUAAUCCUUGCACAGGAGGGGCAUGCAGAGUGGAGAAAAUUUGCAUGGCCACGAAUGUGAAUGUGUGUCGUUCGGGUAUGGCAAGUGGUGCGGGUCGUGCGCGCGGACCCGCUGAGUGUCAGUGUCAGUGAGCUUGCAUGAUUAGCUUGUGCCCGCUAUUGUCUCGGUGGUGUGGCGGUGGCGCCUGUCAAGCCACCAGCAGCGGCAGUGAAAGCAGACGAACCAGUAUAUAACAUUCCAGCCCCAUCCUAUAGGAAAGAGUGUGACAGGAGGGUCUGCUCUACUUGCAUCUACCCACCCGGGCAGGAGCCGGGAAGCCUGGACCUCGAUAGGACAUCGAAUGCAACCGCGAUUUAGUUCACUUCUAGCACAUCACAGCGAUGAGUCCCAAGAAGAAAAUGUCGAAGAAAGAACGUGCACGGCUGGAGGCCGAACAGGCCGAACAUCACCGGAUGGAGCUGGAAAAGGAGCGCCAGCGCAAGGUGGAGGAAGAAAAGAUGCGUAAGGUGCGUGAGAAGGAGGAGGCCGAGCGCAAGCAGGUUCAGGAGAUAGUGGCCAACAAGCUGCGCAAGGUGCAGCUGGAAGAAAGCUACACCUAUCUGGCCAGCAUACGGGAGGAGGUGCGAAAAGUGUUGGCCGAUGCGAAGAAGGAACGCGAGUGGGAGCAGUAUAUGCGUUGCAACGGUUUACCCAACGCAUUCGAUCCGGCCGAUCUGCGGAAAUAUCUGCACAUCUGGUGCGAGAACAUCCGGGACACUAACGAGGCGGAGCGCAAUUGGUUGCUGCAGACGAACGAGCAGAGCAUCCUGACGCAGAACGUGAACGUUGCGAAUCUGUCGAUGGAGAGUCUCAAGCUGCAGCAGCCCCAGAUCGGCAACACCUAUGCGGCCAAAGCGGUGGAAGUGUUGGGUAUACUGGAGGAAAUCGAUGAGGCACUGCACGACUCGGACGUUCGUCCCUCCAUGGUGGAAGAUUUGAAUGAGUUGAAGAUGGAGUUUCGCAACGUUCUGGCCGAUUACAUCGAUGAGUUUGCGUACAAGAUCUUGAGCAACAUCAAUCGAGACAUGGAGCUGAACGGGUUGCUGGAAGUGUCGCACAAGUUCGAAUCGCCAGUCUUCAAAACGCAUCUGUUUGGGCUGCGCGAUAUGCCAACACCACAGCUCAAUCCCAAAGAGCGAGCCAAAGAGGACAGUAAACAUACGAGCAUUGAUUUCCCGAGUCUUGGUUUUCAUCUGACACUGCCGGCGGCUGUCAAGUGCCACAAGGCAGCGAUCCGGGGACUUUGGAUCAGUUAUGAUCACUGUAGUGACUACUGCCCUAGCUACGAUAUGCCCUACAAACAGGAGAACUUAGCCGAUUUACGCAUAAUAAGUCGCAUUGAGUGGAAGAAGCGUAAGGAAAUACUGAAAGCUGUCUACGAAGAGCCCAAAGAGAAGAAGACCGAUUCGGACGAGGACGACCAGACACCGCAGGACAUUGAUGUGGACAAAAUCUACACGGAGCACGCCGACGAGCUGAUGAAGAAGGAACGCACGAAGAAGGGCGCUAAAACGCUCAAUUUGAGUGAAUAUGACGUGAACAUGCGUAGUCACCGGAUUGUGGCCGGUGUGUACGCCAUCGACUAUCUCGAGCAACCGAUGCAGGAUGUGAAGAUCGCAAAGAAGACACUGCUCCGAACAGUUCCUCAACCGGGUAAACUAAAGCGCAAAAAGUUCUACCAACCCUACCGACCACCGCCAACACCGCAACCGGGCGUUCGACGACUUCCGGAGGAGAUCGAGGCGGAAAUCAAACAGAUGGAGGAAAACCUAGACAAACUCGCGCUGGUCUCGGUGCUGCUGCCCGAGAAUGUGUUCUGGUUCGAGCCACCGAUCGUCUGCCGCUGGGAGCUGAAGGAAGAAACGCUCGAAUCGGAUCCAAACUUCGCCAAGUAUCUGGAUCGACUGGAGAAGGCCCAGCAAGCGGCCAGGGAGCGUAAUGAACGCUCCAACCUCGACCGGCGCACCAAGUACGUGGAGGACUUCAACAUCCUGGACGUACCGCAGCACAUCCCGCUGCGGGCGAUUGUGACCGACUUCGUCAUACCCAAGCUGCCGGACAGCUGCAGCAUCAAGAUCUCGGUGGCGGAGGACAAGCGGCGCGCAGCACAGCCUACCGCUGUCGCCGGCAGUGGUGGUGGGAAGCGAUCGUCCAAACAGAAGCGCCGUCUGCACAAGAUGCCGUCGAACGUUUCGCUCGGCAGCAUCGUGUAUGAGACGAAGAUACCGGACUUUCUGUACGCGACGCGCAACCCGCUGCGCAUACUGAAGGUGCUGGAUCGGCGCAACCGCCAGUGCUAUCCGUACGCGGGCACGUCGGACAGUGACGAUCUGGACGAUUACGACGAGUCGGACAACGAUGUGGUGCAGAACCGCAGCACGAAGCGGAAGGUGUACAUGUUUUCCAGCUUUAUGAAGGAUUUGGACGAGCUGCUGGAGUCGAAAUCGCCCAAGCUGCAGGCAAAGCUGGAGCAGGAGCUGGGUGCGGGUGGGCCGACGGGUGGACCGGGCAAGCAGUCGUUGCAGGUGGCUCGUUCCGACGAAACGCGCACCGUUCGUGGGGAGAAGGGCGAGAAGGGCAAGAAGCCGGCCAAGAGCAAAUUCGACUCGGACGAUGAGGACGUCGAUUAUGGCAACAUUCUGGAGGUGGGCAACUACAGCAUGGUGGAGAACGACAAGCGCUACAUUGGCAAGUGGUCCACCCGGGACGUGCACGACGUGAAGUUCAACGAGGACAAGCUUACGAUCCAGUUCCGCGUGGGACGGCUCGGUUCGUUUGCAUUUGCCGCGAAUCGGUACAGCAACGUACCGUACCAGUCCUGGGAGCUGAAGCCAGACAUAAAGAACCCCGGUACGGUCACCUUCUCGCUCACCGCAUCGGUAGUUAGCACGGAGAUGACCAUUACGGAAGCCGGUUUCCGUGUCAACUCACUGCAAGGCGGACCUACGCAAGCGUUGCAGGAGAUUCUCGGCCUCACCAUGUCACUGCGCAAGCUCAUCAAAACGCUCCGGCUAGCGGCAGUCGAUCUGUUCCCGGAGGAUGACGCGUUCAACUACACCGAGGGAACGUGCGAGAAGAACCCGAUCAUGGAGUCGCACCUGUACGACUGCAUUGGGUUGCUAGCGCUGACGCACAACUUCUCCUGGUCGCGCUGGAACCUGCUGUCCGGCUGUCGGAUGUGUGUGUUGCUGAUGCGCGAAAUCGUCGAACAUCGGCGGCUGCCGAACCACUCGACGCUGCUCGUCACCCCGCUGAAGGCGUCCGUGAUCGAUACGGUGGAAGUGUCGCCGGUGUUUAAUCCGAAUCCAGUCGAGGGGAUGAAUCAUUAUGCCGAUCUUUAUCAUCUGGGGCGCGAUCAGUCGCAACCGUCCUCCAGGAUCAAGCAGGAGAAGAUGAGCCCGAUACUGCGCGAGAAUGUGACCCAGCUGCUCAAGUCCGUCAGACCACUCAGCUUCUCCUAGUGGCGCUGCAGUUUAUUUACUAUUAAGAGCAAUAAAAGUUGGCUAUUUCGAUCUCCUUGCCACUGCCUAGUGUUUUUUGUUGCUGUCGUGUUCCGACCAUUAUCUCACAUUCUGCUGUGUGAUUGUGGCGCAUUCGACGCCAACGAGUGUUAAGCAGCGAACCUUAUUUAGUACGCACUAACGAGCAACAAUGUUACCGGCGUGAAUCGCUUUUAUCGUAUUCAAAUUGCUUUCGGGUAGUUUUCCUCGUCACUCUCUCUCCUUCUCUGGUACUCCCCUGGACCAGCAGACUACGACUGUAUCUCAAUAACGAGUGUCACUCAAUUAAUAGGACAAGAUCGUAAAACCAUUUACUGACAGUUCUGCACCCACUGCCGUCGUACACCACCGAUCGUAUGCACAGUGUGAGUGUGACUGUGUAUUUGCAAACACAAACUCACACAAACAGUGCGUAAUGCAAGCGAAAACAAACAUCGGUUGCGCUGUAGGGGGGGGUGAAAGAAGCCGGUAAUCGGUUAUAACAAGCCAUUAUAGCGCAAAAAGGGGUUGCCGUUUCAGCGGUCGAUCAUACACACAAACACGAUCGUACCCGCGGAAGCAGCAGAGCUGUUGGAAGUACCGAUCGAGGAGGAGCACGAACAGCUGAUAGGAACAGCACUGGUCGGUACUGGUGACCGGUGGCCUCCGAGGAGAUUAUUGAGAUGUGGAAAAAUAAAUAGACCAACCUGAAGGCAACGACGCCCGUAGCCGCGUAGUCGCGGAACAAAACAAAUAAAAGGAAAAAAAUCACAAAAAUUAAUAAUCACUAACGAGGCCCCCAUAACUUAACGGACAACGUACGAAACAAACCAAUGGUAGCUGGGAAUG